CGAUAGCAAGCCAGUACACAUCUCUAAUUCGCGGAAGCAUCGCAUUAAACGCGCACUUUUUUCUGAUAUCUCGAAUAGGUUUGACUCUGUCAAAUAAAUUAGGAGAUAAACAUUUAAUCUGUUUCAUAAACAGUUGUUUUAAAUUAUUAGUUUGUGCUUACAAAAUUUUAAGCGAUGGGAAAAAAGACAGACCACGAAAGCAACGAUGCCUCGUCCGGUGCUGAGCAAGAGGAGGAGGAAUAUGCAGUGGAGAAAAUAUUAGACCGUCGCGUCCGGAAGGGAAAGGUGGAGUAUUAUCUAAAAUGGAAAGGCUAUGCUGAAACAGAAAACACUUGGGAGCCAGAGGGUAAUCUUGAUUGUCAAGAUCUCAUUCAACAGUAUGAGCUGUCCCGAAAGGAUGAGGCCAACACAUCAGCCACAGCAAAGAAAGAUCGACCCGCCGUCAGCCCCAAAGGCAAGGAAUCCGGUCGCACUAGCACCACAGCCAGCAACAGUAGCAAGCGUAAAUCCGAGGAGCCAGCUGGACCUGCAAAGUCUAAGCGGACCGAAACAGACGACGAUUUAAAACAGGGCGGUGCCACCGGCUUCGAUCGUGGCCUGGAGGCUGAGAAAAUACUUGGCGCUUCUGAUAACAAUGGUCGCCUAACAUUCCUUAUUCAAUUCAAAGGUGUGGAUCAGGCCGAGAUGGUGCCAUCGACAGUGGCCAAUAUUAAAAUACCGCAAAUGGUAAUACGAUUCUAUGAGGAACGCCUCUCCUGGUACUCGGACAACGAAGACUAAAUUCUAAAUGCCCCUUUAUGCAAAUAUAUAUACUUUUUUCCUUCAUUUUGACCUUGUUUUAUAUCGAAAAAAAUUUAAAAUUAAAAAUGUAGAAGAAAAAGUAAGUUUUUUUUGUAUUGUAAAGGAACAUAAACACAACAUAUUUAAGGGCUAGGUAGAUUGGAAGCGAAACGACGGCUGAAAGAGUUUUUAAUCCCGCGGUCGUUUCGCGUCCAUUCUAAAAAGCAUUAUGUUAAAAAUCAUUAACACCUGAUUUUUUUUUUGUCAUAAAUUGCAAAUAAAUCUAUGUUUUAAAUGUCUAA